AUGUCCUCAUGGUCAGCGACUGAUAGUCUUGAUGACCCUGAGGCUCUUGAACAGCGUCCAGCUGUACUGCCUAGGAAGAAAGGGAAACAGGCAAUUAAAAAGUCUACUUUAAUUGUUCCCACCAGCGAGAGUGACUCUGAGCCUGAGCAGAUAACAUUUUCUGCUCAGCCUGGUAGUAUCAAGUGUAAGGCUGAUGAUGACGGGGAUUUUGUUGAUGAGACCAUGUCUGAGGCCACUGAUGAUACUGACUUUUCAGCUGAUGAUUUACAGGAAAGUCUCUUGCCCAAGAUUAGAUCAAUUCCCGCCAUUGAGAAGGGCCAUGUUUCUCGCAAAACUACAUCAACAUCUACUAUUGUAUCUCAGAGUGCUACCCCUCCACCAUCCAAAAAGUUGAAGAAAGAAAGCUCUGAGGUUACCAGCUGCAGUGAUCUUGUGCCUCUGCCCUCAACCCAAGUCCCAGCAGGUUAUUAUGAUGAUGUUGUACCUCCUCUCAGCACCCAAGUCCCACAGGUCUCACAGAAGGCUACUGCAAAGGAGGUUGUUAAGCUGCACGGUCAAUAUCGCAACAAUGAUCUCCCAGUACCUGCCGACUCAAAGUGGGUGAAGGUCUUCUUGUCUAUGGCACUUCUCUGGGCUGGAAGUCAAGCUAAUCCAUGGGAAAUUUCCGAGUCUCUGAUGGCAGACACACUGCAGGAGAUCUUUGAUGUGGUCUACCCUGAUGUCAAGUACAAGGUGAAUCCAAAUGGUGCUGUAUUCGCAGUGAUGCAACAGUGGCUCUCAGAGUGGAGGAGCAACAUCGGCUCAACAGCACUUGUGACCGUCGUCGAUUUCUGCUCUCACAUCAAAGAUGCACCAAAUGACCUUGUUGCCAAGCAACUCUUGGAGGAUUGUGCAUUCAUUUAUGAAGACCCAGAUAACAUAUCGCGGGAGACAGCCUACCUGUCCGCAUUUGUACUGCAAAUGAUCGCGUCCACUCACCUCAGUGCCAUUGUUGACCAUGCCAACAUACCCGCAUUGAAUACCAACGAGCUCACUUUGGGCAAAGGUAUGGAUGGUGUUAUUGUGCUCUGCGUCAUUGCCCUUGAACGUGCCCUCAAGUUUGCCAAAGACAGCAUCAUCAAUGUCAAUGAAGUUCUCGCAUCUAUGGCCACUGGCAAGUUUUCUGUCAAGCUUCUGGCAAAACGCAACAAGGCAAUGGGCAAGAUGUCAAGUGGAUGUUACAAAUUUUCCUUCGCUAACUGGCACGACGAGAUGGAAGCAUACAUGAAGUUCAUGAAGAAGUCUGCAAGGGGAGAUGCCUCAGAUGAAGAUAUUGAGGAGACUCAGAGCGUUGAUGAGCGCACCCUCAUUUGUGAAAAUACUACCCUAUGCGCUUUGACACAACCUCAGCUGUAG